UUCACUGAUAUUUAUAUCUAUGUGUGUGAAUCCACGGAUUACGUAACUAGUCGACAGAAACACGAAUUGUAAUAUCUUUUCACAAAGUGUGUCUUGUCCAGCUACCUGAAAGUGACGAAGUAAACACCAGGGAGAAAGUUUUAUUGUGAUUUGGAAAGUUUUGUGAAUAUGGCAAACUGCAGGGGCAUCUGGAAACUUAUCUAUGUGGAUUGCUUUAAGGAAUACCUGGACCAAAUCGACGGUGUUCUCCGAGGAAGACGGCAAGCUGAUAGAGACAUUGACUGGACCAUUUUCCACUAGGAUUGUGAGGGAUCUUCAAGAUGACGUCAUGAUUAUGACGAUGACGUCAGGAGAGGUAACCUCCACCCGGAAGUACUCGAAGGUGGAACCAACAAACGCAGCUGAAGACUCGGAGAAAACUAGUGCAGGGGAGUCAAAGACGAGCACACCGGUUACAGAUCCAAAUACCGAGCCUGGGGAAAGCUCAGAGAAAGAAUCGCAGGAACCGCCUACUCCAGAAUCGAAUACGACCCCCGCUGAAACGUCAGAACAAACUCUAUCAAAGGAGCAGCCAGGACAGGAGCCUGAAGAAGAAGGUUCGGAACCUGCUCCGAUCAAAGAGGAAUCGGAGCCGGCUAAAGAAGAAUCAGGACCGGUUAAAGAGACGUCAGAACCGGUUAAAGAAGAAUCAGAGCCUGUUGAAAAGGAAUCGGAGCCAGUAAAAGAGGAAUCGGAACCAGUUAAAGAGGAAUCAGAACCGGUCGAAAAGGAAUCGGAACCAGUUAAAGAGGAAUCAGAACCGGUUGAAAAAGUAUCGGAGCCGGUGAAAGAGGAAUCGGAAAAAGUUAAAGAGGAAUCGGAACCAGUUAAAGAGGAAUCACCACAAGCAGCACCACAGAACAAAGAAACAGAACAAUGACAAACAUCUGUAAGUAAGCAGUUAUAAAAAUGAGCAUUGGAAUCAGAACAGGAAAAGGAGACCUACAGAUAAUUAAGACAAACAAUCAAUAUGGAGGAGAGAACAAAAACUGGGGCGAACAGAAGGAUACACGAGGCUUGGAGUUACUUUGGGAGGAACAGGGAAAUAACAUUUGAAGAUCAAAAUCUGCCGAUAUCACUGAAAAGAAAAGUCUUCAACCAGUGCCUUGUCCCAUCAAUAAGCUAUGAGUACCAAACGUGGACAAUAACCAAAAAUACCACAAAGAAAUUAAGGACAACACAAAGAGCAA